CUAUACUCCUUUUACUGUUCAUAGAUUUGGUUCGGUCACAAACGCUUCUACAUCAGUAUCUUGCAUUUUAAUUGGUGAACAGCGUUGUCCUUCGGCCAAUCGCUAAAGGUUUAGUUUGACUGCCGUUCACAUUAUUUCCAUCGGAACGUGUGUUCAAGGUUUUCAAUUCCUGAUAUACUGUUGUGGAACAAUGGGUGUAUUGUCCACGCUGAUAAGGGGGCUUACAAGAGGAGCAGACAGAAUGUCGGAAUUCACCAGCAAGCGGGGUUCAAGGACUCACAAUAAAGGCAGAGGUUCAAGACCAACUGGAGUAAGGCUCUCCAGCAGAAAGUUUCUGUCAAUAAAGGCCAUGAUUCCCGAAUUUGUGGUACCCAGUCUGGAUGGCUUUAAACUCAAACCGUAUGUUUCAUACCGCUGUCCAAAAGGAACCGAGACCCCAGUGACUGCAGAGAGCCUGUUUGCCGAAAUAGUGGCUCCUCAGAUCAGGAAAGACUUUAACGAAGGGAUUUAUGACAAAGACCACCUGGAGAAAUACGGCUUUGAACCUACACAGGAUGGGAAGUUGUUUAAAUUGUAUCCCAAAAACUAUGUGCGUUAAAAGAAACUCAAUAUCUGUGACAGAUCUAUUUCCAAGAGAAGACUUCUGAUGACAUUUGGUGACAUUGGAUGCAGACCCUUCGCAGUGACACCAUGUUGCAAGUUGGACUUAAUACUUUGUAUCUGUCAUUUCUCUUCCAAUCAAGUACAAUAAAGCCAAACUUAAUGUA